UGGCAGCAUCACUCCGGGAGCUACCGUCCCAGUUGGUGUUCCGGUUUAGAGUCGUGCUGUUGUUUUUUGUAUAGAUUUGUUACUUAAUGCUUUAAAUAUAUCUAUAUAUAUACAUAUACAUAUAUGUGUGCAGUGAGGUACAGCAUUUGUGGAAUUGCUCACCGCCGAUCCACCUCCUCACACCCACGCACCAUGGUGAGAAUGCUAGUGCGAGUGAUUUAAUUACAGCAAAUAAACCCGAGCAGCGAAGAGGAUACGAAAAAAAAAGUCGAGUGGAGUGUGCGAACGAGGCAAACAGGAGCGAAAGAGUGCAAACUAAUGUGGGUGUGAGCGAAAACAACAACAAAAAAAAUAGUAAAAAGUGAGUGAGAGCGAACGUGUCUGAGUAGAAAAAAAGUGUGCGUGUGUGUGUGUGCGUGUGGCGAGCGAAACCGACAGGCAAAAAGGCUACGGUCGCGUGAGAGCGGUGAGAGUGUGAGUGUAAUAAAAUUAGUAGCCCUUACCAACAAGUGUGCUCCCACGGGUAGUUUUGCAACAAACGCCAAAAAAGGGGCCAACAGAAAGCCACGGGAAAAAGAAAGAAAAUCUACCCCAACAAAAAAGUGCUCGACCAAAGAAGGCAAACAAACAGGCAGCAGCAGUGGGAAAAUUAUUGAAAUCCACUAACAAGUACAGUCCGCGGGAAGCCCCCGUUUGCCCGUUUCGACCGACCGGAUACGGAUCCGAUUCCUUCGAACGUAGCAAGCAUGAAGGACGGUUGGAAAUUACGAAACCAGCAGCAUCCGCCGACCGGAGUGACCCACAGUGAGUGUGCGAGAGCGGGCUGAGUGAGACCGCCGAAACAUCCUUGGGAAGAUGUGUGUAGCCGCGCACCUUCGCGAAAAUUCUUCCCCUCCGCUGCUUGGGCUGGCGUAAAAAGUGCAGCAUCCACGCGCGGCUGGCAACGUGAUUGCGUGUGAAGGGCCAGCGAUCGAGAUGAUUCGAGUGACCGUGGUGAGCCUAGCGAACGACUGCUUUGUGCUGAAGGAAACAGGUAGCCCCAGCCUGUGAGUUUGAUCGUGUCAUCGCGAGUGAGUGUGUGUGUGUGGGCGCGUGUAAUUGUGCGUUUGAGUGUGCAAAUGUGGCCACUUUGUUGAGCAGCGCGCCACCGGACGCCGUAAGCAGUUUGCGUGAGGGCACGAGGUGAAGCAUAAAAGAGGGCGACUGCUGCUCACCUGCUGGGUGAAUGUGAGUGAGUGAGUUUGGGGCUGAGUUUGGUAGUGAAUGUGGCAUUGAGCGAGUGAGCCUUGAACGGGUGCGUGCGUAGUGCGAGUGAGCCUGUGCGAGAGGAUACAGUGAGACCGGAGCUGCUGGGAAUCGUGCGAAUCGGCGUGAGCCGUGAUAGUGCCACCAACCACACUGCCCGCCCAGCUGGGACAGGGCAGCGCUAACCUUCCGAAUGGUCACCAAUGGCUGGGAAGUGUGGCGGUAAGCAACAUUUGCUGCAAAAGUAAACGCCGUUCCAUUGACAAUGCGUGAAUACAGCAUCGUCGGUCGUACAGUAACGCCAUCGAAACGAAUGUCCGCAGCGCAGCAUCGAACCGACGUUGCCACCAUUAGCACCGAAAGCCCGACCGAUCACUCGCUGCGAUCGUUCACUCCGGUCCGGUUCCACGGCAAGGCGGACGAGUAGUCUGGGCACUUCGCACACGCUCGCGAAACGCAUUCCGGACCCGCGGAAAGGGGGAAAAAAUGAAAACUGCCAUCACGAACAGCAUUGCCGUCGCCACCGCUGGAAGUGCAAAUACACGGUUGCACCGGAAGCGACUAUUUGCGAACGUCGUCGCCGUUGUUGUGAUUAAUCGCACCAAGUUGAAAAGUUGAAAGCGAUUCGCCGCCCGUACAUCAGCAGCGCGUGUGUGUGGACACACCGGUGUCGACAAGCAGCGUCGGCAACCAAUCUUCAAUCGCCGGGUGCACUGUCGCAACAACUGCUGCCAAAUUGCACCCCGUAAGAGAGCCGGUUGCGCUAUCGCUAGAAUUCUAUUGCAUUCUUCGAUCGACUUCCGUACGGCCAAGGAACACGGAUCCAUCGGGGUGAAGUGCAGGCCGUAAUCGUGCAAACGAGUGCGUGUAGUAAACGAGAAUUAACGCAUAGAAAAAAAGGAUUGUAGAAGCACCACUAGAGCAUACUUUACUUCCUGCUUCAAGGCACUAUUUUCUAAUCGCUCAUUCUUGGUGCAGCUUUUCCAAUCAACACUCGAUUAAACUUCAAAAAGAUAUUUUCACUAAACGGGAUAAGGGGAGAUUGAGAGCGAGAGAAACCGCUUAAUUUAAAUUUCCACUCUUUGUGCCAAUCAGAGAAGGCUUUCAUCAUCAUCAUCAUCACCCUUUGCCAAUGCACCACCGUACUUCCUGUCCCACUCCAGCGCAACAGCCCACCGGAAAGCGGGAAAUUGAGUGUGAAGCACAAAUCGAAAACCAGGAAGCUGCCCAAAACACAAGUGUGUGUGAGCGAGAG